AUGACCGAGUCAUCCGAUGAAAAACGCAAUCCGUUCGAGCACUUCUGCGCAUUUUGUCGCUCAAUCACUGGAAUCCCAAAUGAUCAAAUUGAACAAGCGCUUUUGAGAGAUAUUCUUUCUAUGUUGCCAACCACACCAAUAUCGUUCAUCUGCAAGUCGGCUCUUUUCGACUUAACUCCAAAAUUGUGUUUCGAAAAAAUCCCAAACGAAGAGACACCAUUCGAAAUUCUUGUUACCUUGUCCGAAUUGGAGAUUGGCGAUCACCCAUUGUAUAUUGACCGACAGCGAGAACUCUUCCGCACAGUUAUCAGCUAUAUUAGAAUGAAGAUCAAAGACGUUGAGAAUAUCAAAUAUGCGUGUAAAAGCAAUGACGAACUCCAGAUAUUCGUGGACCGUGUAAUGCAAUAUUUUUGUGUUUUCUUCAAACAUCAACCGAAAUGUCUCGAGAUAAUGAAUGCCGACGUCCAAGACUCGAUGGCGAGUCUUCGCGACUACGCGCUCAAUUUCGUUAUUCACGCGUAUAGCCUGGAAUCACUCCACGACAAGUGUUUUACCAUUUGGAAUACGAUCGGCGAACGGCUGUUCAGAGAUUGUCAUUGUCUGACACCUGAGAAUUUGAAAAAAGAGAACAUUGAGCGAAUGGCGGUCUACGCAGCCAAUCUUAAAUUGGUUCGAGAAAUGCUCGAAGGAUCAAAUGCUGAGCUAAACAAAAGAAGUAUUGUCAAGAUGGAACCGGAGGUUCCUUAUCCCGGCGAGUUGGCGCCCGAGCCGACGCAGAUGUCAACGACGCUCAAAUAUUUGAAGCACUUGGAGUGCAUUAAAACGCCAAUAUUGGCUCCUCCCGCAGCGCCAGUUGCGCGAAUUCCGAAUUCUACGUCCUUGCCACCGUCGCUGACAGCUGAACCGCGUUCCACUGGUCGUAGAAUGUUCCAGACAAUUUCUGGAUGCGAUGUUCACAAUAAUAACACCCAGAUGAAUGCGAUCCGAAAACGAAUUCAUUUCACAAGAAGAAAGGAAAUGAGGUGCGCUGUAGCCAACGCGACGAUGUCUCCAGAUUUCUGGGAGGCCGACGACGAGGUCAUCGUUGAUGUGCCAUUCACAAAGCGGCAAAAGUACACUGUUGAAGAAGAGCAGAAGCAUAUUCGAUAUGCGUAUAGAAAAAUUCUUGCGAGCAGAAAGAUUGGCGCCAAAUUUGUUUCACCACGCGCGCCGGGUUUUUGGACCGAUUAUGUCAAUAAGGGAUACUCGAACAGAACCGAUUCGGCGAUUGCCAUCCACUUUCGCGAGGUUCUCAAACGUCUUCCCGCCUACGAUAUUCCAGAUCGCAUUUACUCCGUCGUCAAAUCCAGCUACAUUAAUUGA